AUGCCAAUGUCAAAGGCUGUGAACGGCACACUGCCAGGCCCUAGCAACGCGCAAAAAGGAAAGGCAAAAAUGACCCAGGCAAAUAGCCCGAUGUCCUCAUUGGUGAACAACGUUCGUCGGAACGGCAAUUCACUGCAACGUCCGCUACCAGAUCAUGACGAACGUUUUGACCAUGUAACUUAUAUAGGAAAGACUCGGAUAGAUACCUAUCAGAUAAAGCAACAACUAACAGAAUUUUUAGGUGAUAAUGCUCAUCCCUAUUGGGAUGCUUUCAAAAAGUUUAUUUAUUGUAAAAUCCCUCGAAAAGAUUUUGAGCAAAUCGUGAGGCCUUCAUUAGUAGAUAAGGAACAUCGAAUACUUAAUAAUUGUUUGUGCAACGACCCUCCACCACCACAAAAUCAUCCAGUCAUUCAACAAAAGAAACGUAGUCGUGAAGAUGAAUUGCAUGGUCAUAGUGACGGGAUACCUGAUCCUAAGAAACGACGAAUUAAAGAGCUUGUAAUGUCGUUACCCCGAGAAGAACGAGAGAGAAUCAAAAGUUUAAGAAAGGAUUUAAAUGGAGUUAUAACAAUGCCAGAUCCUAUGGCUACAGUCUUACCAGUACCAAAGUCAGAGCAGUUACCACUAUUUGAUUAUAAUGACCAACAAAAUGUUAUUAAACCACAACUCAAUCCAGAGCGUGUUCAAACCUGUCGAGAAAUGAAAGCAUUACCCGAUUCUAAUACUUUAUAUGGCAGGAUUUUAGAGAUAGCACGAGCGAAUGGCUUACAAAAUAUUUCAGAAGAUUGUGCAAGCCUACUCAAUUAUGGACUGGAGUCACAUCUUAAAAAUAUUAUUGGCAAUGUUCUGCAAAAGACCCGAGCUGGUAAUUCAUUUGGCAUUAACUCAUCUGGAAUGAGAAAUGCCGAUUAUAGGUAUCGGGCUGCCACAACAAGCCAAGAAAAGAGAACAAUAACUUCCCGAGACUUAUCAUUCUCUUUCGAGAUGUCUCCUCAUAUUCUUGUAGAGCCAUCUUUUGCACGUGAAAAAUUGACAUCCUUUCGAACUACGACCAGAAAAGCUAUCGAAACUCCUCCACAAGAAUAA